GAAGACAAAGAAGAACUACAAGUUCACAUAAUAUUGUUUCACGCGGACUUUUUAUUUUACUGGACCUCUUUCUUGACAGCAAGUAGCACUAAAUUAUGAUAGGAGUAGGGUCUGGGCUGUACAUUGGGUGUGUGUCCGAUCUGAAGGACGCUCAGAGCCUGACAGAUGCAGGUGUAAUACACAUACUCACCGUUGACUCAGAGGAACCUGCUGUCCCUGGAUUUCACACCAAAUUUGUCCGAGCUCUGGAUGAUGUGUCCACGGAUCUCCUGAGCAGACUGGAUGACUGUGUCAGCUUCAUAUGUGAUGCUCUCAGCACACACUCUGAAUCCAAAUCAUCAGCAGUUCUUGUCGCUUACCUGAUGAAAACACAACAUCUGAAUUUACAGGAUGCAUAUACUAAACUCCGAAACUUAAAACCACAUGUUAAAAUGAAUGAAGAAUUUAUGGACCAGCUGGCACUUUAUGAAUUAAUGGAUUGUAAAGUAGACACCACAAAUCCCUUAUAUAAACAGUUUAGAUUGAAGAAAAUUACAGAGAAAUAUCCAGAACUCCAGAAUAUGCCAAAAGAUGUCUUUGCUGUUGACCCUGCACAAACCCAGAAUGCAGAAGCUGUAUACAGAUGUAGAAAGUGCAGACGCACACUUUUCCGUCACUCCAGCAUUCUCAGUCACUGUGUGGGAAGUGGAGCCUCUGUGUUCUCUCAUAAGAAGAUGAGGAUAGUGAGUGAUAGUGAAGAUCAGAGACAGUGCACAUCCUACUUUAUAGAGCCAGUGCAAUGGAUGGAGCCAGCCUUACUAGGUGUUAUGGAUAGACAGCUUUUGUGUCCCAAGUGCAGCUCAAAGCUGGGCUCCUUUAACUGGUAUGGUGAACAGUGUUCGUGUGGGCGCUGGGUGACACCGGCCUUCCAGAUGCACAAGAACCGAGUGGAUGAAAUCAAAUACAUCAGUAUAUCAGCACUCAAAUGACCCGCAAAUAAAGAUCUGUAUUA